GCCACCAGUACUUCCGGGUUCCGUCAUUUCAUUCUCCCGCCGAUCAGCGCUGCGAACUGACUCGGUUCUAUAAGCAAGCCAGCAGUCAACCUGACAACACUCGCUGACACUCACUCACAUCAGACCGCCAGACAGACGAGCUACCCACAAGGAAAAGAGAAGAUCACAACGGCAGAGUCUUCAUUUAAAUUGCCUUUUCUUUUUUUUCCACGGUAUUAAUUAUAAGAUAGCGACCUAAAGACAGAGGGAGAAACGGGAGCUGUUGGAAGAAAAUCGGGCUUAAAGAUUCAUCCUCGCAUGAACAUCAUCACCAACCAUCAUUCAUUCAUUACAUUGACAAGCCCUGGUUCAGAUUGACAGCUGGAGUGGCAAAAAGCCAUGGGACACGACAGUUUAGUUACAUGCCGGUUGUUGAUGGGCCGAUUGUGACCUUUGGUGUUUUGUGCUUUUACAUUGUUUUUUAAUUUCUUUUUUUUUUUUGGGGGGGGGAGAAGCGGAAAAAAACACCCCCGAAAAGCCCAGCGAAACUCUUGGUGUUGAUUGUUCUUAACCAAAGCGGAUAAUAUGAGAAUUCUCUAAGUUGGCUGCAAAAGGGAUCCUACGAUUAUACCACUUUCUGAGCGGACUGGGAUAUUGAAUAGGCGGCACAUACCGGAGUUUAUUGGAGAGCAGCCUGAUGGCGCAAAGGUACGAUGAACUGGCCCAUUACGGUGGGAUGGACGGAGUCGGAGUCCCGACGUCAAUGUACGGGGACCCGCAUGCUCCUCGGCCGCUACCCCAAGUCCAUCACUUGAAUCACGGACCUCCACUCCAUGCCAGCCAGCAUUAUGGGGCACAUGCACCGCACAACGUAAUGCCCACUAGUAUGGGCUCGGCUGUCAACGAUGUUUUAAAGAGGGAUAAAGAUCAGAUUUACGGUCACCCGUUAUUCCCCCUGCUCGCCCUGGUGUUUGAGAAGUGCGAGCUGGCCACAUGCACGCCGCGGGAGCCUGGUGUAGCAGGCGGCGAUGUCUGUUCUUCGGACUCGUUCAACGAGGAUAUUGCAGUGUUUGCCAAACAGAUUCGGGCAGAAAAACCUUUAUUUUCUUCAAAUCCAGAGUUGGACAAUUUGAUGAUACAAGCCAUACAAGUAUUGCGAUUCCAUCUUUUAGAACUGGAAAAGGUGCACGAACUCUGCGAUAAUUUCUGCCACCGGUACAUUAGCUGUCUAAAAGGAAAAAUGCCCAUUGAUCUUGUCAUUGAUGACCGUGAUGGCAGCUCCAAGUCCGACCUUGACGACCUCUCAGGAUCUUCAACUAAUUUAGCUGAUCAUAACCCCGUUUCCUGGAGGGACCAUGAUGACGCCCACUCCACACACUCCGCUGGCACGCCGGGACCCUCCAGUGGUGGCCACGCCUCUCAGAGCGGGGACAAUAGCAGCGAGCUCGGAGACGGCUUGGACAACAGCGUGGCUUCCCCAGGGACAGGCGACGAGGACGACCCCGACAAGGACAAGAAGCGGCAGAAGAAGCGAGGCAUCUUCCCCAAGGUGGCCACCAACAUCAUGCGGGCAUGGCUGUUCCAGCACCUCACACACCCGUACCCUUCUGAAGAACAGAAGAAACAGCUCGCCCAAGACACGGGACUCACUAUAUUACAAGUCAACAACUGGUUCAUCAACGCGAGAAGAAGGAUAGUGCAGCCCAUGAUCGAUCAGUCGAACAGAGCAGGUUUUCUUCUUGAUCCUUCAGUGAGCCAGGGAGCGGCCUACAGUCCCGAGGGUCAGCCCAUGGGCAGCUUCGUGCUGGAUGGUCAGCAGCACAUGGGGAUCCGGCCAGCUGGGCCAAUGGGAGGAAUGGGCAUGAAUAUGGGCAUGGACGGGCAAUGGCACUACAUGUAAGGUGCAUCCUGCGAAGCCAACACAAACACAGCAGGAAGUUCACGAGGCCUGUCAGGGGCACUCUUUACCUCAGAGUGGUCCUGUGGGUAUGGACGAGGCACUGCCGAAUUACACCCAUCCCCUGUUAUGAUACAGAAGUCCCCCCCACGUCUGAUCCAUCCCAACCCCAGCCCCGUCCCCACCCAAUAACGCCCACCUCCAGGAGGACCCCGCCUACACCAUACCUGCACAGAGCCUGGCUAUCUUCAUUCCCGUCAACCCCUGGCACCGAAUGGCGUUCCCACAUCAAGAAAAAAAACAACAAAGAAAAAAAACAAUAAAAAGUUAAUCAUAAUUGGACAUAGGGAAUCUAGAGAAACUGUGAUUAUUUUUGUCACGUCCUUUUUUUGUUCCCGUUUUUAACAGCAACAGAGGACCAAUCAGACUUUAAGUUUUGGGCUUUUGCUAAAAAAAAUAGAUGAUCUUACAUCUUCUGUUACAGAUGCAAAGGCGCGUCCACGCUACACACGUGCACACACAAACGCAUGCACGGACACACACUCGUACGCACACCGUUUCUCAAGUGACACCAUCAUUUUUACAGCAAUCACUUCGGAGUAUGUAUUUAAACGAACGUAAUACGAUGAAAAAAAAAAAGAUUUCAGAGGCUCCAAGAGUUAUAACUACUGUAGUGUAAAAUAGAAAAUCAGAGUUUAAACUUGUGCAUUUUUUUCCUUGGAUCGCUCAACUCAUUUCCUGCGCUAGUUUUAGAAUAAGAGUCCAUCCCCAUUUUCCAUACUGUAUGUUCAUCGCUGAAGAGAGACUGUCUUCGUGCAGCUAAAUGGACAGAACCCCCAGCAUGACUUUGACUGCCCAGAACAAAGUGAGUAGGAGACCCGGACCUGGAUCUGAGGGAACAUCUGGAUGCGGCUGCCAUGUAAGCCCCCAUAUCCCACCCCCCCCACCCAAAAAAAAAAAAAAACAUCUGAAAGCGGUUCGCCAGCCUCUCCUCCUCCGACGAACAUUGCUCUGUUGGUAAAACUGUCGUUCUGACUUUCCCAAGCACUGGAUCGACUUGGUUUCACCGAUAUUAUUUUUUAUUAUUUUUACACUUUUCGUCAUAUUUCAUUGCCCGUUAUUUUUUACAACCGGGACUCUGGCUGAUAGAGCCUGAUGCUCACUGGAAGCUCGACGGUGGAAUAACAGCAACGCGCGAUAGUUGUUGCCUCUGGAUCCGCACAGACGACGCUGAGCGGUGCUGGAUUCUUUGGCAUGGAGGAAACUAUUGAUUGCUGAUGCACCAAAGACCUAAAAGGAAAAAAGGACUUAAAUUAUGAACUCGACGCUAAGGGAUGAGCAGAGAGAGCAUUGUAAUAAACUUCGUACAGAGCUCAGUCUAUUCAUUGUUUCUUGUUAGAUAUUCUAUGUGUUUUACCUCAAUUGAAAAAAAAAGAAUGUUUUUGCUAGUUUCAGAUCUGCUGUGACAUUGAUAUUGUAUGUCUAUGAAUCCUUCCUUUUUCAGCACGUGUUCCUCACUAGAAAAGAAAAAAAAGCUGUCUCCCGUAAGCUUUGUCAAAUAUGACAUUCAUACUUGUAUGAGGACUGUGACGUUAUGUUUAAAGAUGUUGAGUCACAAAUGCUGUAAUAAAUAAUUCAUUUUUGAUAUUUGUUAGAUGUUUGUCUGUUUAAGUAUUGAUUACAAAUUUUGCUUUCUCCCUAUAUGACUGUUCCAUGCGAUGGUGGAAGAUUAUUAUUAUUAUUAUUAUUAUUAUUAUUAUUAUUAUUGGAUUGCUGUGUUCAUGUAUAUAUUUAUUUAUUACCCAAGUGUAAAAGGUUGAUUAUAAAUUUUUAAAGGAA